AUGCCACAGACGACAGCUCUGGCCUCGUCCAGCUCAGCCACCAAGAACUCCACCUCGGACAUCUCGUCCCGAGCCGGAUUCGCCAACUCGUACCAGCGCUACUUUGUCUACAACGACGAUCCGGUGACGUUCUUUGAGGCCUGGCACAGGUGCCGAGCGCACGGACUCCGUCUGGCCUCAGUCCACUCGGCCCUGGAUAACGUCAAACUGAUGGCGGCCCUGGCCCAGAAGGACAUCAACCAGCGAGGACCGUGGUGGAUCGCCGGAACGGAUCUCGGCAGGACUGGGAACUUCGUGUGGAUCACCAGCAACAAGCGGAUUGACGGGCGGUCCGGUUACACGAACUUUGCUGCUGGAGAAGCGAAAAGUGCUUGCGCCAACGAGCAUUGCUUGGUGGCGGGAGAUGGAACGGGCGGAACGCAGUGGGAUAGUGUGAGCUGUGACAACCGAAAUGGUUACAUCUGCGAGCUGGACACCUGUGAUUGUUGA